CACGAAACCAAAAGUCAAAGCACUGCACUGCACAACCAGAGCCAGGCUGACGUCGUCGACUGAGCUUGCACAGGUGUGUCAAGGCCUGUGAAGUGGACAAGAGCCUGAGUCACAGUCCACUCCCCAAGAGCAAGCCUUCCAAAGAAUGAAGUCAGAGGUCAUGGGACUUCACUGCUGGCCCUCAGCUGCUGCCAUCUUCUCCGUGAACACUCCCACAAACUGGACUGUUUGGACUGUGAUCGUCCUCCUCCUGCUCAUCCUCACUCAGGUCGUCUCCUCCCUGAUGCUUCAUGCUGGCGUCUUCAUCCUCUCCAGUGAAGUCCUCGUCAGUCCCUUCCGCGUGUGUCUGGCACAGGAACAUGGUGGUGAAGUGAACUGUUACGCUGGAACAGGAGCAGAAACUGAGGUGAAAACUACCAUCCUCUCAGCAGUUGUUAUCCUGGGUUUGUACGUUCCUGUGGUGCUGGUGGCCUUCGCUCUGCUGGCCGUGGUUUUGUCAGCCUACUCCAAAGAAAGAGCAGCGCUGGGGUUCAGCGCUGUCUGCCAGGCUGCGUCCAGCCUUCUCAUCCUGACCGGCAUCAUAGGAUUUUUGCUGCAGCAUCAGGUGUAUGUGAGCUGGGGAAACAUGACCCUCUGGUUCUAUGUGUGUGUGUGUGUGCAGGCAGAGCUGCUUCUGUCAGCUGCUCUGACCUGUGUGUCACAGAGGAGCCUGAAGUCUGACUGGAGAUAGUCCGGUCCAAACUGUUGCUGUCUCAGGACUUCAUUAACUAAAAAGGAACACAGCACGGUCUCACUUUUUAAAUUGUGGUCAGAUCAAGGAUCAGGUUCAGGUCCAACAAUGUUAUGUCAGCUGACCUCAAUAUACUGAAUGAGCAGUUGUUUUUUUUGAUGAAUCGCUUAAGCUUAUUGAAGCAAUGUCAUUUCAUAAUCAAAGCUUUGUCACUUUCUUAUGACUCAGCAGCAUAUAAAUAUGUAUACACUAAUUUAUUGUGAAUAAUCUUUACACUCAGCAUUUCAUUCAGUCAGACAGAAAAGCAUUAUAUAUGACAGUGGCUAUAUGCUUAUUUUUCCCUUUCACGGUCUUUCUUUGAUUGCCUGACAAAUAUGAUACAUUCAUUAAAAUUCCAUUUAUUAAUUGCAUUGCUAAUCAUUUGGUCUGACAACAGUAAACCAACAGUGCAGAUUCAGUGUUCAGCAAAUUAGAAAACACAAUGAGCACCGUUUCCUAUCAUGUACAAGCUCCCUUAUCUCACAAGGUUUUCAUAU